UAUCGGCGAUUAUUAGUGCAUACUUCCGUAUCUCCGCACGUACACACGAUCGGCAAAUUCCGACGUAAACACGCGGCGAAUUAUGGAAACUGACGGCGCCUCGCGGACAUUACAUGUACUACUCACGGGCCCGCCAGGUAUAGGUAAAACUACAGUGUGCAAAAAGGUCGCAUCUACCUUGGAGAAGAGCAAGAAUUUUGACGGAUUUUACACGGAGGAAGUGCGAGAUCGUAGCGGCUCCAGGAUUGGUUUUGACAUCGUGCGAGUACGAGAUCCUGAAAGAAGAUUGUCCUUGGCACGAUUAAAAAAUUUAACGGACGGUCGGCAGGCUUUUGAGCAUCAAGUGGGAAACUACCGGGUCUUCCUGGAUAACUUCGAGGCAGUGGCGCUUCCAGUAAUGGAUUUGAAUACUGAUAUAUUAUUCGUUGACGAGAUUGGCAAGAUGGAGUUAUUUAGCAAAGACUUCAAGGAGAAAGUAACCGACAUAUUGUUGGGUUCCUCUAAGAGAGCUUUCGUGAUUGGGACUAUUCCGCAGAUGCACAAAGUGCCGCGACAGCACGCGGCAUUGUUUGAAAAUUUACAUGCAGACGAGAGAAUUAAGAUUCUAAACGUGUCUCGCGAAAAUCGGAAUAAUUUACCGGAGGAAAUUAUUCGUUUUUUAUAAACACAUCUCGAUUAAUGCACUCGUAAUUUAUUGUGUCGUCAUCUCAUAUGUAAAUGCAUAAAAUAAAAUAUCGAUUUUUAUAUGUACAUUAUAAACAUCAUUUAUUGUUAACAAAAAACAAAAUGUGUUAGAUGAAAUCCAUCCAAUCACAAUAGAUUUGUAAAAAAUUGUCACUAAUAACAUGACAAGUUGUGCGAUUGGAUGGAAUAUUGUACUACAUAAUUAUGCUAACUUGCAUAUGCAUUUAUAUAUAUUUUCAUAAUAAUUAUAUUUAAAUUCCACCAUGAUCAUUAAAGAAUCAAUUAAAAGUAUCGUGAUAUAUGAGUCUGUAUUUAUAUAAAUAAUAGAUCAUAAGUUAAAACCUUAUAUGUGUUGCUGUGUGGAAAGAUAUUGGGGGAAUUAACAUUUUUUGCUCUCUAUUUAUAUGGUGCAUGCGCUCGCGGAUAUCUUUAACGAGCAAGGUGGUCCUAUCAAUUGAGGGUACAAAAUAGAAACGUUCCCUUUUCGCGUUAUUUUAUUACAAACGAACACAAAUCACUGUUUAGUGUUUUAAGUGAGCCAUCGGUUUUACUUAUCGUAGAUAAGAUCACUUUCUUUUCAUCUAUAAUCUAUUAUCACAGAUAAGAAAACCGAAGUAGAUUUGUUUGCGUUUCCUAAAAAAAUAAGCAAACCUUUCUUACUUUUGUACCCAUCAAUAUUAUGCAUUCUCAUUGCAUUUUAUAAUACAGAAAAAAUUCUUUCUGUAAUCUCCUAGAAAGAAUUAUUGUUGUGGAGAAGCACCUAACGUAUCUCUUACCUUCUCCAUUUCGGUAUCAAAUAUAUUACGCACACUUUGAUUGGGCUACUUAUAUCUCAGUUAUUUUAUUUUCAUUUAUCAAUAAUACCUAGAGGUUGUUCCACUAGCACAUGAACUUUAGUAAAGAAUUGGCAUAAGCCAUCGGCCUUACAUUAGGAUGAGGCUGUAACAAAACAAA